GGACGUGACGUCGUCCAUCACAGAACUUUAUUGCUAAGAACAAUUCGGACAUUCUCGUCUUCCGGGUGCAUAGGCGGGGCUCCCCUGUGUACUGGGCACGUUGCUUAGUCCACUCUCUUAGUAGAACCCGGGCUUGCCAUGGUCUUAGGAUGCGCUAUAACGAGAAGGAGCUGCUGUCCCUCUCCAGGCAGAGAGCGGAGAAAGCGGCGGAGCUAAGCAUGAGGGGCCCCAAGAAGGGCAGCGUACUGAAGAAGCGUCUGGUGAAAUUGGUUGUGAAUUUUCUGUUUUACUUUCGGGCAGAUGAAGAAGAGCCCAUUGGAGCACUGCUUUUAGAACACUGCAUGGUGAGGAAGGAAGAGGAGAAAAGUUUUUUAAUAUCCUUCAUUGAUGAGCCAGACAGGAAGUACUCAUUUGAAUGCAGCAGUCGGGAACAGCGGGACGAGUGGGUAGAAGCACUGACUAAUGCAAGCUUUUGCUGUUUCAGCUACGAGUUCAUGAGGAAAAGUCUCCUGUUUUAUAGAAAUGAAAUUCUGAAAGUUAGUGGAAAGGAUCCUUUGGAGCAAUAUGGAAUAUCGGAGGAAUCUCGUUUUCAGCUGGAACCCACAAGCAUCUGAUGUGCAUCUUGUCUCUGUUCAAGCAACAGCCUUGUUUUUCAGCCCAGACACUUCAUUGUCUUUCAUUGUCGGUACAAUCUGUAUUAGGCUGUAUCUGAUAAACUGGGUGAUCGCUUGUCCAAGAUUAGUGAUGCAAAAACUGAAAAUUGAAGGACGACUGAGACAAAUUGGUUCACGUCGGAUGUAAGCAUUCUCCAAUGGACUCAUCCCUUGCUCUGCACUUGUUUACCUUGAGAUAGUUGAAUGUUUUUAUUACACAAAGUCUUAAUUUAAAGAUACAUGGGCACUUACAUUUCUAAACGUAGUUUCAGCACUGACAUUUCCAUUUAUCUAUUUGCUGUAACAUUUGGUGUGAACAGCAAACCAUAUCUAAGAUAAAAUAAAUACUGUACAGUAGCACAGUGGGGAGUUUAAAAGCAGCCAAUCCCAUACAGUAGUUUACAGUAAAUGUUACACUGAGUCUUUUGUAUCCUAGUUUAGAAACUGGUUUUGAGGCCACAUUUUAGUUUUUAUCUGGUGUGUUUUAUUGGCCUUCAUAGUAUGACUGGUUAAUAAACCGGAUGUAAACUAGACCCACAAGAUAAAUAAUAAACCCCCCCCACUGUGAUCCUCUUUCAAUGCGUUAGUCACUUUUAGGUGUUGCUCCUCAUUUGUUGAGAUUUCCUGCAUGCAGCAGUGUUCUGACAGAUUUUAUUUGAUAAACUAAAAAAAAACUAAACAUCUUUAUCCAUGUUGAAGGGGUUAUUAAAGGGAACCAUUUACACAAAUAGAGCGAGAGAGACAUCUGCUACUUGGGGCAUGGAGAUUGCCCUGAUGAAUCAUGAAUCACAUUAGUGUGAUGAGGAUGUGUGUUAGGGCUUAUUCACACUACAGAAUCUCUUCCUGGAAUAUUCCAUCUAAAUUGCACCUUCUCAAUAAACGACAAUACAUUUCAGAGUGGAUUCCGCUAAAAGUAUGAACAGAUUAAUUUUUUCAGUGGAGUCUGGAGACCAUAAUUUCCACGGAGGAAUGUCCAUUGCGGAAAUUCAUUUUCGAGAGUGGUGCAGGAGAAUCCUUUGCCAUAUUUUCAAAGUGGAAUUCUGGAGCUCAAUUCUGCUUAGAAAAUUCACACUACAGAAUUUCUGAGCAGAAUUCCAUUUAGAAUUUCCAAGCAGAAUUUCAGGCGCAGCAGCGUUCCAUGCUGCCAAUGGGAUUCUGCUGCACAGUGGACUUCACAGUUUUCUAGGCGGACUUUUGGCUGGGCAAAAUCCCCUCUAAAAACAGCGCCAGAACAUUGAACUUGUUCAGUCUGUGGGGACAGCAAUGUCUGUGUGGUUGGCGCUGCCCGCAUUUGGAAACUCCCGCCGGAUUUUGUCCAGCAGGAGAUUCCGUAGUGUAAAGCCGGCCUUAGUCUUUCAUGCUGCCCAUUGUUCUGGCAACAUGAAACUAAUGACAGAUUCCCUUUAUAUUAGUGGCAAUGUUUCUAAAGAAGAUAAAGGCAGAAUUUUUUAUUUUAUUUUUUUUAUGUCAAAUUUUUAUUUUUCCAAAAUGGGAAAAAAUACAUAUGAUUUUAGCAGAUAGGCAAAUUUUUUAUAUUUUUUUGUUCUGUUUUUUUAGAUCAAGGCUUCUCAAAAUGUUUCUAUUGGGGCCUUGCCAUCUGUAGUGGAAGUGAUUGCAAAAAUAUUAAAUAAUGCCUUGUCUACAUUUCAUUUAUCUCUUAAAUUUUGUAUUACUAUAAUAUAAAUAUAAGAUGUUUCAGUAAUGUUGCUGAACCAGAUGUUGUUGUAACCAGAGAAAGGACCGUGCAGCACACAUGCAGCGUAGGCUGCUUUCACACUAUAAAAUUCAUCCGUUUUAAAGAUCCGUCUGAUGUUCC